UUUUCUGUCACCAGCUACAGUGAGACUUCAAGGCCGUGGUCGCGGUAUGCAGUGUCAGUAGUGGCCUGCUCCGGGCCUCGUUUUCGGAGGAGGGUGCCAGUGCGCCCCGUUUUUCCUUUCUACAAAAGCAAGUUCGAGCUGGACGGUCCAGAGACUGAUGGCUGCGGGUGCCGGGCUUUGUAUGGUCAAAGUGGAGGAGGACUCACCUGGGAGUCAGAAGUCCUCCGGAUCCGGGGAUUGGCAGAACCCCGAAACUUCUCGAAAACAAUUCAGGCAGUUGCGCUACCAGGAAGUGGCCGGCCCCGAGGAGGCGCUGAGCCGACUCUGGGAGCUCUGUCGGCGGUGGCUGAGGCCGGAGCUGCGCUCCAAGGAGCAGAUCCUGGAGCUGCUGGUGCUGGAGCAGUUCCUCGCCAUCCUGCCGCAGGAGCUCCAAGCCUGCGUGCGGGACCACUGCCCCGAGAGCGGGGAGGAGGCUGCGGCCUUGGCGCGGACUCUGCAGGGAGCACUGGACCGGGCCCCAGCACAGGGCUUUGUGACUUUCAAGGAUGUGGCUGAAUCUCUGACCUGGGAAGAGUGGGAGCAGCUGGCUGCAGCUCGGAAGGGUUUCUGCAGAGAGAGCACAGAGGAGCCUGGGAGCACAGUUCUGCCUGGCUUGGAAACCAGAGCUUCGAGCACAGACUGGAUCCCAAAGCAAGAAACUUUAAAGGAAGCAGAGCCACAGGCAUGGACACAAGAAGUGUCCCGGGGAAAGGUCCCACUCUUUACUAAGGGUGGUGAUACUCUUGAGGACUGGGAAGAAAAGCUGCCAAAAGACACUGUAUUGCUGCAACUCCAGAGUGCUCCUGAAGAGCAAGGAUGCACCACCAUCUCACAUCUCACUGGUGUGUCCAAGGAAGAGAGAGUUUCUAAAGAUAAUGAAUCUGGGAACAGUGCCAGCUUUGGCCUUGGUCAGCACAGCCAGACAGCAAAUAGGCUCAGUACCGAUGGUGAAUAUGGGAACGACCACAAACAAGGCUUCCAUGGAAAAUGCCAUGCAGUGAAACCUCACAACCCUGCUGGCAGUAGUUUGGGGCUCCGUGAAGACAAACCCUAUAAAUGUGACAGCUGUGAGAAGAGCUUCAGACAGCGCUCAGACCUUGUUAAACACCAGCGGGCCCACACAGGUGAGAAGCCCUAUCAAUGCCAAGCAUGUGGGAAAAGCUUCAGCCAGAGUGCUGCCCUUGUUAAACACCAGCGGACCCACACAGGUGAGAAGCCGUACGCAUGCCCAGAAUGUGGGGAAUGCUUCAGGCAGAGCUCACAUCUCAGUAGGCAUCAGAGAACCCAUGCCAGUGAGAAGUACUACAAAUGUGAGGAAUGUGGGGAGAUCUUUCAUAUUUCCAGCCUUCCUAGACAUCAGAGACUACACAAAGGGGAGAGGCCGUAUAAGUGUGAGGCCUGCCAGAAGAGCUUCAAACAGCGCUCAGACCUCUUUAAGCACCAGAGAAUCCACACGGGAGAGAAGCCCUAUGUGUGUUUUGUCUGUGGGAAAAGCUUCAGUCAGAGUGCAACCCUCAUUAAACACCAGAGAACUCACACGGGAGAAAAACCUUAUAAAUGUCUUCAGUGUGGUGAAAGAUUUAGACAGAGUACACACCUUGUCCGACACCAAAGAAUCCACCGAACUAUAGUCUCCUAGUUUUCAUAUAUCUCUGCGUGACUCAUGUGGUGGGUUUGCUACUGCUGCUAUUUUUGAGAAAAAGGUCUCACUGUGCAGCCUUGGCUGACCUGAGGUAGCUAUGUAGACCAG